AGAUUCCGUACACCUUCCACAACGGAUAUAAAUGGAAUACGACAGGUGUGUGGAAACCACGGUAUUUGGGCCGGUGGAGUACCAUAUGUUAUUGACGCUGUCUUUUCAUCUGAUCAAGUGGCAUUUAUAACCCAACGAAUGUGCAGUAUCGGUAACCGGACCUGUGUCCGCUUCUUCCCGCGGUCAAACGAAAAGGAUUUUAUUAAGAUUGUUAGUCGCCAUGGGUGCUGGUCAUAUGUCGGGCGGCAAGGCGGGAAACAGCUGGUAUCUCUUGAGAUUCUGAAUGAAAACGGCCAAAGCUGUCUCAACGGAACAAGCGUAGAACACGAACUACUCCACGUUUUAGGUUUUCUUCAUGAACAUACCAGAAUGGAUCGCGAUGAAUUUAUAAAAAUAGAUUUGGACAAUGUGGAGGCAAAAUUUCGAGGCCAGUUUGCCAAAUACUCACGAAGGAAUUCCUGGUAUCGUCGCAUCCCUUACGACAUUCGGUCCGUUAUGCACUACGCGAGUGAAGCUUUUGCUCGCGAUCCCCAGAAACCGGUGAUAACAACGCUCACACUCCAGAACGCCGGUUCCAUAACACUAUCCGGGCUUAUCCGGCCGGCUACAGUAUUAAGCGACCUGGAUUACGAGCGGAUUAAUGAGGCGUACGGAUGCAGUCCGCAGUCCCCAGGUCUGACAUGUGGCGUCCCAUUAACCGGUAGCACCUCUGGUUACGGAUAUUCGGCAAAUGAUGACAGUUCUUGUGUUUAUCGAUCUUCGACUGGGCUUGAUGAUGGUUCAUCCGAUCCUGUUACCGACAACACUUGCAAGAAAUUCAAUCCAGGAUCCGCAGGUCAUCCCGGUUAGCUGAUUUGCGACUGAGACAACAAGUGAAGUUGACAAAUACAUGCUAAUUUUUCCAAGCGUUUUAGAAACGAUUGUUUGUUCAAGCACCCAUGUCAUUCACUUUUUCGACACAUAUUUCGUAUACAGCGAACAGAGCGAACCGCCGUUUGCAAAUUUAUUUAUGUGUGCUGGUUAAAAUCACUAAUGCACUGAAACUGCAUGAACAUUAAUCAGCCUCAAUGCAGUAUUUAAGAAUUCUCUUUCUCGAAUGCAAGCUGCUAAAGCUAAGCUUUAACUCGUGU